AGUUUGAUGGUUGCUAGCACAAACAAAACAUCAAAAGAAGCCUUCAUCGAGGCAAGGUAUAUUUUAGCAGAUUAAAUACUGUACACUGCAACCAUGCCGCCUAAAGAAGGAAAAAAGAAAUUGUCGAAAGCUGAAAAAGACAAGCUAAAAAAAGAAGAAGCCGAGAAAAAGGCACAGGAAGAGGAAGAAGCAAGACUGCUAGCUCACGAAGAAGAGAAAAAAAGAAAACGAGUUGAAAUGGAACAAGCAGAAGAGAGAAAGAAACAAGAAAAAGAGGAGAAAAAAGAAAGAAGUGUACAGAUGAAAGAAUUAUUCUCAAUAUUAGAAUCAAAUAAAUCUGCUUUAGAUACCCUUGAAAAUCAGAAACGUAAAGAUGCAAAAUGGGCCAGAUAUAUGAAAUGUGACGGAUCUCCAGAUCCAACUGUGCCGGGGGAAAUAAAUACUUACAUCAAUUUACGCCUUGAAGACCAGAAUGAAGGAAAGUCCUUAGACCUUUUGAAACAUGUUGAGCAGGACAACGCUCUAAUUGAAGAGCUGCACCAUUGGUUGUCAGACUCUGGAGAUUUAUCUGUAAAUGAAGAGGCCAAUUACAAGGAGGCUAUUGUUGAAAUUCAAAAUUUGAUGAGUAAAAAAUUGGACGAUAUUAGUCUUCAGGUAUUAUGUAAUGCCACUGAUUUACAGGAUUCAGAAACCUAUAACUUGCAAUAUACUGUCGAAACAGCAAAUAUCUGCCUUUGUAUCUGGGGUAACCUGAGCAAGAAGAGAAUCAAACCGUUUGAAUUCACAGAGAAAGGUUUUACGUUCGAUAUCCCAAGAAUGUUAUCUUUAAACGAUUGUGCUUUUCGUAUUUUAUUUACUAAAUAUGACCAUCUUUCCUAUCAAAGUUCAGCACUCUAUCCAAAACGAAAACAGAAAAAAGAAGUCCCAGAGCCAGAACCUGAGAAGAUCGAAGAAAAAGGUUCAGAAGAAAAUCAAGAUGGUGAACAAAAUGAGGAAAAUCCUGAAGAAGUAGUUGAAAAAGAAGACACACAAGAUGUCAUGGCUGCUCUCCAGAAUUUAGAUGAAGAAGAUGAAGAUGCUGAAAAGCCUGCUGAAGAAGAAAAGCCUGAAGAACCAGAAGAAGAAGAUGAUUUCGAAGAUCCAGAAACCCCAGAACCAGUCGAGUGGGAAGACUUUGAUGAAGAUGACGAUAUUAUUGAUUUACGAGCCUAUCAUAUUUUGGGAGGAGUAAUAUCAUUUGAUUUGGUUGAGCUACCUCCUCAACCUAAACAAGUGAAUUCAUGGACCAUAACUCCUUUAGUUUGUCCACCAGAAAUAAGAAAAAUAACAUAUGUAGCUGAUACUGCAUCCCUUACUCCAGUUCCAAAAGACAAGGAGGGACAAGAAGAAAAGAAACGUGAAGAUAAACCCCCUAUUAGCAUCUCUUAUCGUCUGCCAGAAGAUACUAUGUUCGUUGAUGAACCACAACCUGGACGCUGGGAUCCGACAAUAAAACACUGGAGGCAAGAUGGUUUCUCCGACGUUAAGUAUGACGAAGAAAAGAGAUUUGUUCAGUUUAAGACAAGUUAUUUUGGAAAAAUUGCUUUGUUCCAAGAUGCACAUAUAAACAUGCCAUUCCAGUCUUGGGAAAUUCGACCCAGAAAUGUUGACAAUGCCAUUUUAACAGUUAUAGCAGCAGUUGUUGACAUCCAAAUAGAAAUUAAAAAUGAUGUGUGCUGCCUAACCCAACCCUCCGACAGAACGGAAGUGACACAUCUAUUAAAUAAAUGGAUGUAUCCAUCCGAAUUAGUAAAAGCCAUGCGAGCCUCGGGUAUUAAUAUCUUCCCUGCUGAAGAUUCUUCCAAAUUUGUAAAUGUUCAAACUAAAGACACUUUACUGGAGGAGAGAAUUUACGAACAAAUGGCUCUGACGUCUUCAGCUAUGGCAUAUUCUUGGUCCAAGUGGAAUGCCGACGCUGAUCUACACAGUAUCGUGUAUUUAGGAAGUGAAUCGUUAAAUGACGAACCAUUAUUAGAGGAAGAUUGGUCCGUUUAUAAAAGUACCAAAACGCGUGCCAUGAAGCUGAAAACAACGGAAAUCAGUGAUGAGUUUUCUGACGAAUUAGCGGAAAAUACAGAGUUCCGCUCUAAUCUGUAUCAUUUAAUGAAAAUAACAAUAUCCGAAGAAGGUAUGGAUAGAAUUGAGAAAACUGAUUACAAGUAUAUUGAUUGUGUUCAACAGCUGCUUCAAGCCACAAAAGUUCUAACUUAUGCAUAGAAUUCUUUAAGUGGCAUUUAGUAACUGGGCAGAUAAAUAACCUAUAAACAUACUUAUGGAAAACAGUAACUGUUUUAUUUAGGCGAUGUUUCGAAGACGUUGAAAACGUUGAGAGAAUACUCUUCGAAAGGUCGCCUAAAUAAAACAGUAAUUGUUUUCCAUAAGUAUGUUUAUAGUUUGUUUAUGCAUAGAACUUUGUAUUAAUUGAAAUUGGUGACCCAAAACGAAAAAUUAUUUAUUUAAAUGGUUUGUUGAAAGAAAAUACACUUUAAUUUACAGAGAAGUGAUUUCUAUCAGAAAUUAAGUUGUUAUCAAGUUAUAUUUUAUAGAAGCAUUCAACUUUUUCCUGUUAAUCUUGUUAUGUUAUUGGAUACAACUUUUAUAUUUGUGUAAGUUUUUGUAUGCAUGUAUUAAAAUGACAGCAAAGUUAAUUAUUACUAGAAAAAGAUUGUAACUUUGUUUACACACAACAUAAUUUAUAUGUAAUACAAGCUAACAGUGAAGCUGAUGUCCUCGGCCGAAAUCCCAAAAUAAAUAGAUGACACAUAUUU